AUGGGCAAUCUCUUCAAGGAGGUUAUGAAUGUGGUAGCUGAGGCGAGAAAGUUCUACGCUGCUGAGAUAAUGUCCAAACUAAGGGAUGAAGCUUUUGCACGCAUGAUGUUCUUGGAUGGUUGUUUCGUUUUAUAUUUCAUCCAAGGCAUGAAUAGAGGAAACAUCGACUUAGAAAUAAGCAAUCGUCUCAUUCUUCUCAUUGUUCGAGACAUGUUCUUGCUCGAAAACCAUCUUCCAUUUUUAGUCCUUGAUGCUUUGAUGAGCUUGAGAUUUGAUUCUAAUAAGAAAUUGAAAGGAAAGAUCGUGAAAUUCAUCGAAUGGGAAGUCCUACUUCCCAUGGGAUUAUCAUUCUUUAUCCCUCACUGGUGGUUUACUGGAAGAAGAGAUGAUGACCCGCUUCACCUCCUUGACGCUCUCCGGACCAUGUUGCUGGGCUCUCAUCCCUCAGAUCCGAACAAAAAAUACAGGUACAGGCUACAUAACUUCGGCUCCAUUAUGGAACUCAAGGAAGUUGGGAUUAGGUUCGAGAAGAGCGACAGUGGAUAUUUGACAGACAUCCGUUUUAAGGAAUACUUCUUCUUCCCACGGCUGUUGCUUCCAUCAAUCGUCAUCAACGGUGUCACCAUAUCUCAGCUGCUGAACUUGACUUCCUUCGAGAUGUGCUCCGAUAUUCAUUCAGGUUGUGGUGUUACAUCCUACAUUUGCUUUCUGGAUUCUCUCAUCAAUCAUGGUGCAGAUGUGAAGGAGCUUCGAUCCAAGGGCAUACUCCACCACGCCCUUGGCAGCGAUGAAGAGGUAGCACUUCUAUUCAACGAGUGGCCGAUUGAAGGGAUGAAUGAUCUCUAUGUGUACUUCGAGGUCAAGGAACGCAUAUACUCACAUCGUCAUUAUAAUGUGAAGGUAUCAAUAGCUAGAGUUUUGCACACCUAUUUCAAGAGCCCAUGGACUGCCAUCUCCUUUGUUGCUGCAGUUCUCCUUCUCCUCUUCACCGCCAUUCAGACGGGCUUUGCCGCAUUCCCUCGACGUUAA